GCAGCACAGUGCGCAACAGUGUGGUGCACAGUGCUGCACAAAAAUGUCUCUCUGGUGUAGCAUGGUACUACAAACACGCACAAUGUUCGCGCACUCUGCCUGGCUGUGCGCGUACAAUUUGUGCAGCACUUGUCUUGAUGGUGGGAGAACAUCGUGUUCGUCAACAUUGUUGCGCACUUCAUUUUAGCUUCUGCUACCGGAGCGAAAACAUUUUGUGCGUAACCUGUGUUUCUGUCUGACCGUUCAAUUUUUACUUUUCUAUAUUGUGAUAUUCCUCUUUAAAAAAUGGAAUGGACAAAUGAAAAAAUUAUCAGUUUCAUUAAUGAAAUAGAGAUGAGGCCAGUCAUGUGGGAUGUGUGUCAUGUGGACUAUAAAAAUAGAAAUAAAAAACAUGACGCAAUGAAUAAGAUUAGUGAAAUUUUCAAGUGUGACACAACAGAGGUUCUGCGGAAAUGGAAGAUAAUAUUGGCACAGUUUCGACGGGAGAAACAAAAAAUUAAAGCUUCAAAACGUAUGGGUUCUGCAGCUUCUGAAGUGUACAUCCCAAAGUGGUUCGGAUCUCAACACUUGGAAUUUUUAAACGACAGAGAUGAGCCCAAUGAAAGCAUAAACACACUAGACGACAUAAAUGAUCAGUUAACUGAAAUGCAACAACAAGGUGGAGAAGAACUGUUUACUGAAAAUGAACAAGUGGCAAAGGAAUCUGUUGAUACCUCACUACAAUCAAUCAAUCUACCAAUCAAGCGUUCUACAGCUAAAAGACAGCGACUACACAACAAAAACGAUGCAAUGGUAUCAGAAGCCUAUGAAGUCAUGAAAGGGAUGCAAGAAAAACUUGACCGUACAAAUAAUGACGCGAUACAAGUUUUUUCUACUGGUGUCGCAGCUAAAUUGCGGCAAAUUCCAAAUGAUCGCAUAAAACUUCUAGUGCAAAGAGAUAUCGACAACUUAUUGUAUGAUGCAAUACUUGGCAUUGGAAAGUAUCAUACUACACCAAUGCCAUCACCAUAUUCGGGGAGCCAUCAUACCGUGACAAGUAUUUCUCCAUCUUCACGGUCCAAUGAGUUAUAUUCGACAGCUAACCCAAAUGAUACAAGGGUGGACCAUCAAAGCACGGAAUAUUCUGUAGACGAUUCGUGGUACAUGAAGUAAUUUACAAAUUUACAUUGAAAGUUACAUAAAAUUUGUAUUAUAAUUUUUUUAUAAUAAAUCAACAUUUUUUA